UCCACUUUUCAUGUUUCAUCACUUUAUUGAAUACUUGUAUGUACGUAUAAAUUGGUGCAAUGGAAAAUGAUAUUAAUUUUCCCAAUUUGCGUCUUAAUUUGACUCGGGAAAUGGAAUCAGAAAAUGGUGUUUUAACUGAAAAUGCGCAAACAGAAAACGUAGAAGUAAGAUUAUCUCCUGUACAAAUACAGCAGGAAUAUUAUGAAAACUUACCGGAUUGUGAUUGGGUCAAAUAUGAAAAAAGUAACAGAAAUCAACUUUUGCAAAAUAUAGCAUUUGCUCUAUUUGGUGGGCCAAGUUUUGAAGGAGAUUUAUUAAAUGAUAGAGAUGUGCAAUUGGAAGGUUAUACAUCCAGGGAGAGAGAACAAGUAAUCAAAAUACAUGAUAAAAUAUGUGAGCAAAGUAAAUAUUCACAGAACGAUGAAGAUAUUUUUAUGUCAAUACUUUUAAUUGUAUGUGCGAAGCCUAAACCAGUGAAAUUUUUCCAACUUGAACCAUCAAACCAUUGGCUGGACUUGCAUCAGAGGAAUGAUAUUGAUAUAUGGUGUACAGCUGUUUUCAGAAUUAGGAAAUGUAUACCAACAACUGUCAAUGCAAAACCAUGUAAAGUGUUCAUAGAUGAUAAUGCCAGAGUGUACCAAGAUUGGGAUUCAUAUUUGAAAAAUAACACACUGCCAAAAUGUGUCAUAAUAGUUCCGGAAAAUGGUGAAUAUGGGGGAAUCAUUAUUGAGAAUGAAGGAAUUGCUGUGAAACUAACAGUAGCACCAUCACCAGCCCUCGGUAUUAAAGCAAAAGUAUUAAGUUCAGUUGACACAGCGAGCACUGUGGCCACUUUGGGAGCUGUUAGUGUGUUAGGAGCUGCGGUGCUCACUCCUAUUGGACCAGCUGUUAUAAUCGGUGCUACUGUGGCUACGGUGGCAACUGGAGUUUAUGGCCUUUUCCGUUCCUCUUUAGAUUUAUAUGAUAGACGGACACAUGAACAGACGAUCAGUCCGACGGACGCGGAGGCGCGCGGUAGUUGGAUCAAUAUCGCAGCGUCUAGCGUGGGCUUGGCCGCCAGCGCCGCCGCCGGCCUGCUGUCGCGCUCCGCCGCCGCCGGCACCAAUCUCACCAAGACCGGUCAGGCACUGACUAUAUCUGUGGACUUACUUCGUCACGCCAACAUGUUCACUGGCGGCGUCGGCGUCGCCAACAGUCUGCUCGGUAUGAUGCUCAAAUACCGGAAACACGGCGAGACGCCAAAUAAGUUGGAGCUGUUCCAAUUCUCUGCUGCCAUCUUGUUCUUCUCUCACGGCGUGAUGUCGAACCGCACAGCACAGAACAUCAUAGAGGAUGCGCAGACCAGCACCAUCAAUGAAUACAGAACUACGCUCAGGAGCAACAGACACAGAAAAAUAUUCGAUAAAAUCAGCGCCGAAUCCAGAAGAGUACAAGGAACUAUUCAAGGUAACGCUGAAGUGAUCCAAGGUAUUAAAACAAUCGCUAACAAAGAUCAAUUCUUUGCUGACGUACUUCGGAUUAACAAAGAUGUUAAUCAACAUAAAUUAAGAAUAUCAAUGACAUCAGAUGGUCAAGUAAAUUUAAACGCACAGCACAAAUUUAAUCCAGGGGAACUAUCUAAUAUGGGUAAGGAAGUGAGAUCGGAACUUUUUAAUAAUCUAGGCCCAGCUAAUGUUACCACUAAAAACGUACCAACUAAACUUACACCUACUUUCUCUUUGGUACAAAAUGGCAAUUCUACGGAAGAAAAUGGUUUUCUUGUUGGAAUUCAUCCCGGUGAGGUUAUACGAAUAGGUAUUUAUUUAGUACGAGUUAGUGCAACAGGUGCUGAAGAUAUUUCCAGGUUACUUGAAGAUUUAAGUCAAGAGGUUUAUGCUAAUUUAAUGACGAUCUGUCUUAAUAUACUAUCGAAAUUGCUUCCCGAAGACAUUGCUAGAUUAAAACUUUUGAGCCCUGAAGAAGAUUUGAUUGUGCAAAUUGUUAAAUUUGUUUUCAAUUAUUUGAAACAUGAAAGGCCUUUAGGUGAUCCGAGCAGGGAUAAUGAUAAUGGUAUUGUUAUUAUUCUGAAAGAAUUCUUCCAAGAUGGCGUCGUUCGAAGUCAUACAAUUCUACAUUUAAAAGAUCAAUUGUUAGAUUGGGUGAAUCGCGAAAUUUGGAAUAGAGAAUUACGAUAUCCUGCUAAAAAGCAAAUCAUAUGCAAUAUAUGCACGGGGGUUCGUUUUGGGUAAUUAUUUUUACAUAACGUUUUGAAAAUCACAGAAUCUCAUCAAUCAUAGAAAUACAUAAUAUCUUACAGCAACAUUAAAUUGAGUACAAUGUUGAUUAAAUUGGAUAAGGGCCUGUCCCACCGAAUUGUAAAUUGUCUGAUAACAAUCCAAUGUGUCAAAUAUCGGAUGUUGUUACAUUAUCUGACAGUGACGUCAUUUUUAAGCUAUCGGAGCCUCUAUCAGCCCGUGGUGGGAUAGGCCCCAAGUUUUUUUAA